AUGGAAGCUGCUGCCUGUUGUCUGCCUCCUGACAGGCUCCCGGUGCCUGGGACCAGUGCUCCCCUAGCCUCGGGACUGGAGCAAGGGGGAAGAUCUCUGCCUCUCUGGAGACCGUGGCUGCCCAGAGCAGAGGAGGGAACCGAGCAGCGGAGGCAGCAGACGGACACUGCUUGGGCUCGGGAGGCGGCGGGGAACGGUGGCCCCGACAAAGCGCUGGCGUUUUUCCACCACCCAGUCAGGCUGCUCUGGCCCAAGUCCAAGUCCUUCGACUAUCUGUAUGGCGUGGGGGAGAAGCUGCUGGAGAACUUCCCGGUGCAGGCCACCCUCUGCCUCUACGAGGACUCGGGCAGCGAGGAGGAAGAGGAGGAAGAAGAGGAGGAGGAGCCAGGGGACAUGGCGUCGCGUCCCCCGCCGCAGGCAGGCAGCCCUGGCAGGCCGACGUGA